CCUUUUCUACACAACCGUUAACAGUACGGGAGCCUUUUUUGACAUGGACGCUCUAUUAGUAGAUCUCGGUGUAUAGCUUUUAUGCUAAAUAUUUUUAAACUUCAAGGAUUAAAUACAAUGAACCCUGCUUUCCUGUGGUGAGCAAAGAGUUCGUUUGAUGUUUAGCUACUUAUGCUCUGCUUGAAUAUAUAUAUGAGUAAAUAACCCUUAUAUCACUGUCCAAAUUGACCUUCUUUCCAAGGAAACCAAACCCAAAGUAUGCUUUGGGACCCUAAGAGAUUGAGGUGCACUUAAAAAAAUAUCCUGCAUUAGAAAACUAUACACUUUCCUUUUCAAUUUGGUGCCGUCAGAUUGUAUUUUAAAAGCGGUUUGACUCUGCUAAACUCUGGAGCACAGUUUUCCUUCAAUAGUCCAGCUGCACAAGGAAUAAUGAAGAGCUGGCAGAACAAAGGAAUCUGUUUCACUGUCAUGGGAGAAGAUUUGGGAGGGGAGGAAACACUGGAGAAAAACACGAAGUGGUUGUGAACGACUGUAGCUUUUCUGGCUGCCUUAACGGAUAGAAAGAAUAAAGGCAAAAAGGAAGCAGAAAGAGGAGCUGAAGACUUCAUAAAUCAUAUUCCAGACAAAGAAAAGACUGCAGUCAUCUUUGAAUCCUUUGCUGAACUUUUAGCUUAAACUGAUUGCUUAAGCAGGCCUGAAAAUGCAAAAACAACACCAGAGAAAUAGAACCAUGUGUCAACAAACGAUAGCACUAUUGUGGAAAAAUAUAAUUCUGAAAUGGAGGAUGAAAAUGCAAAGCUUUCAGGAGUGGUUCUCGUCACUGGUUCUUGUCUUGGUAUUUUUACUAACAUCACAGAUGGUCUUCCUUGAAUUGAAUCAUGAAAUACCUCAGGCAUUCCUUGGACAGCUAGAUGAUCCUUCAUUCAAUUUUACUGACUUAAAAAUUCUUUAUACUCCCGGAACAAAGAUGGCAAGGAAAAUAAUGGAAAAAGUAGAAAUAAUCUCUGUUAUGAAAGGUAUAAAAGUAGCAAUGGUGGAAGAUGAAAAAGCGAUGGAAGCAGCACGAAAGGAGGAUGAUGAACUUGUUGGAGUUAUUUUUCAAGAUGACACUUCCUAUCAACUCAGAUUUCCUUUUUCUAGAGUGGUUUCUCCAAACAGUAAUAUCAAGGAAAUAGAUGUCUGUUACAACUAUACAGCAUCUUAUUGUAGUAGUCCAAGAUACUGGUUCAAAGGAUUUCUGUCAUUGCAAUCUAGCAUUGAUAGUGCUCUUAUUGAACUUGUCACCAGUCAUUCUGUUUGGGAUGAAAUGAAAUCCAUUAGCGGCAUACGUAUGAGAACGACAUCUGUUACACCUAUAGAAGAAAUAGAACUAGAGGGGCCCUUUUUGCUUAUAACCAUGUGCUUUUCUCCAUUUAUGUACUUCUUGUCACAAAAUGUUUCAAGAGAAAAAAGGAAAUUAAAGGAGAUGAUGAAGACAAUGGGGCUACGCGACACAGCAUUCUGGCUGUCCUGGGGUUUGCUGUAUGCUGUGUACACUACAAUUAUGUCCUGUCCACUGGCAUUUAUUUUGAGCCUUUUCUUUUUGGCCACGAGCAGCUUUUCUGCGCUAUUUAUUCUGUUCUUCCUGUAUGGCAUAUCAUCCAUAUGCUUCUGUUUCAUGAUGAGUUCUCUCCUAAAGAAGCCUAAAACCACUUCAUUUGUUGUCUUCCUCUCCAUUUUUAUGUUUGGAGCAAUCAGCAUUGUUUCACUCUUCAAUAUAGUUCCUGCAGCUUUGGAAUGGACUUUGAGCUUCUUCUGCCCUUUUGCCUUUGGUGCUGGAAUUUCAAAGGUUUUCCAUUAUAAAAAAUAUGGAAGAGACUUCAACUUGUCUAGCCUAAUGUAUGAAUCACACAUGUAUAUCCUGCUUUUUGACAGUGCUUUAUAUAUGCUGCUGGCCAUCUAUUUUGAUAAGAUCAUCCCUGACAAAUAUGGAGUGCCCUAUCCUCCCUUCUUUUUCCUGAAGAAGUCCUACUGGUUUAAAUCAAGGGGCAGCUAUACUGGCAAUGUUCCUAUAAAUGAACCAAGCCAUGGUAAUAUCUUCAGUGACAACAUUGAGCCUGUGCCCCCUGAAUUUGAUGGGAAAGAAGCCAUUAGACUAAAUAACAUUAAAAAAACAUAUAAAGUGAAGAGCAUGGAAACAGAAGCUUUGAGAGGCUUGUCUUUGGAUAUUUAUGAAGGCCAGAUCACUGCAGUACUUGGUCGUAGUGGAGCUGGGAAAACGACUCUGCUAAACAUUCUCAGUGGACUUCUGAAGCCAUCUGAUGGCUCUGCGGCUAUAUUCAAGUACAAUAUAUCUGAAAGGGAAGAUAUGGAACAAAUUAGAGAAAUAAGUGCUGUGUGCCCACAAUUCAACAUUCAAUUUGAAUUUUUAACAGUGAAAGAAAAUUUAAAGACUUUUGCUAAAAUAAAGGGGAUUCCAUCUAGUGAUGUAGAAAAUGAGGUGCAAAAACUAUUGACUCUCUUGGAUAUCAGUGCCAUUCAAGACACCCAAGCUAAUCGUUUAAGUGGUGGGCAGAAACGGAAAUUAUCUCUUGGGAUUACUUUCUUAGGAGAACCACAGGUCUUAUUACUAGAUGAGCCAACUGCAGGGCUGGAUCCUUAUUCUAGGCACCAAGUGUGGGCCCUCCUAAACGAGCGGAAAGCAGGUCGAGUAACUCUGCUCACUACUCAGUUAAUGGACGAAGCUGAUAUUCUUGCUGACCGGAAAGCAUUUGUCUCACAUGGCAGGCUGAAAUGUGUUGGCUCAUCUUUAUUCUUGAAGAAAAAAUGGGGUAUUGGCUAUCACUUAAGGAUGCAUGUAAAUGAGUUUUGUGACCCUGAGAGAACAACAUCCCUGGUUAAGCAAUAUAUCCCUGCUGCCAAAUUAUCAGAAGAACAUGAAAACGAGCUGAGUUAUACACUGCCCUUAGAAAAUGUGAAUAAAUUUCCAGAUCUGUUCUGUGACAUGGACCACAAGACAGAGCUAGGAAUUGUUAAUUAUGGAGUUACCAUGACAACUCUGGAAGAUGUCUUCUUGAAGCUGGAGUGGAAUGAAACAAUUGAUGGAAAGAAUUAUGAAGAGGGAGGAAAGGAUGCAGCUGAAAUGGAACAAGAUCUGCUAUUGCUCUCAGACACAGGAAAGACAACCAUGAGAGGCACAGCACUCUGGAGGCAACAAGUUUGUGCCAUGGCAAGAAUGCAGUUUCUAAAUCUCAGGCGUGAGGGCAAAGUCUGGGGAUCCCUAUUACUCCUUUCUGGAGUUUUGCUAGCACCUUUUCUUGUUCAGUUGGUGUCAUUUGCUAUUUGGGAGAACCUGCAUUAUGAAGAGCUUCAUCCCAAGCUUUAUUUUGAGCCAGGAAAGGAGUCUUUUGGGGGAUCUGCUGGACUCCUGAUUCUUAAUGAUACAGGUGCAAGUAUUGACAAUUUCAUCCAUGGAGUAAAGAGUCAGAAUGUCCUGGUGGAAAUUGUCUCAGGCAGAAAUCUCAGUGACCAACUAGUACACAAUGGGGCUAUAAAGAUAGCCCUUGAAGACAAGAAAUACAGAUUUACACUUAUAUGCCACGUGGAAGUGACUAACUGCUUUCCAGUGCUUGUCAACAUCAUCAGCAAUGCACUUCUGCAAAUGUUAAAUUCUACUGCCCAUAUUCGAAUCUGGAGCCAAGUAUUUAUGUAUGAACACAGUAGCAUAGAGCUAUGGAGCUUCUUUCAUCAAUUAAGCGUGAUUGGGAUGUUUUUAUACCCUGCUUUUCCAGCACACUUUGCAAUGACAAGCAUUCGUUACUAUAAGAUAAAAACUCGCUCUCAGCUGCGGGUCUCAGGACUCUUUCCUUCUGCAUAUUGGUGCGGAUUAGCUCUGGUGGACAUUCCUCUGCAUUGGAUUCUGCUUGUUUUUCUGCUUUGGCCAUGGUUUAGACUGUUGUCCAUUGUGGGACCUCAUGGUCACACCAUCAUAAUUUUCAGUUUGGUGUCAUUUCUGUUUGGCUAUGGUGCAUCAGUUGUCUUAUUCCUAUAUGUAUUUGCCUUCAUAUUUCGCAAAAAAUGGCAUACUAGCAGUUUUUGGUCGUUCAUCUUCAUUUUGAUGAACGUGAUUGCCCUGAUUAUCUACAUUGUCAUGACUGCAUUUUUUACAACAUAUGUGGAUUUCCUGCUAAUUUUAAUUCUUCCUAUAUUUCCAUCAAUAACUUUUUUAAUUUCUUUCACAAUGUUAAUGUAUGAAUUGGCAGAGGAUGAUAAUGCUGAAAAUAUGAAUAGACUCCUGAUGUCUUCUUUUGUGACUUAUUUCCACUGUAUAGUUCUCAUUUUUUUACUUCGCUAUCUGGUGAUGAAAUAUGGCAGGCCAGUUAUGAGAAGAGAUCCCAUUUUUAGGAUUACUCCACAGAGAAAGAGCAGGCGGCAGAAUCCUGAAGAGGCCAUUGAAGGUGAUGAUAGAGACGUUCAGGAUGAAAGGGCAAGAGUUCAGAGUGCAUUGGCCUCUGCAAAUCAGAAAGAGAGACCAGUUAUCCUUGUCCACAACCUGCGCAAGGAAUACAAAAGUGAAAAGACUUGUUCUUGUUUCAAGAACAGCAAGGCGCGGGGAAAAGUGGCCACCAGAAAUCUCUCUUUUUGUGUUAAAAAAGGAGAAGUUUUGGGGCUACUGGGACCCAAUGGAGCUGGUAAAAGUACAACAGUGAAUAUGAUAACAGGAGACACAGAUCUAACAGCUGGACAGGUGCUGAUAAAAGGGGCUGAUGCAGCUGCAACAGAAGAAAAUGCUGCUGGUUUCCUUGGCUACUGUCCCCAGGAGGAUGCCCUCUGGUCCAACCUGACCAUGAAAGAACAUCUGGAGAUUUUUGCAGCCGUGAAAGGGAUACAGAAAGGGGCAGCUGCUAUUGCCAUCAAUCGAAUAGUUCAAGCUCUAGGACUCCAGGACCAUUUAAAAAAGAAAAUCAAGACAUUGCCUGCUGGAUUAACUAGGAAAUUAUGCUUUGCCCUGAGCAUGCUGGGUAAUCCUACCUUGAUGCUAUUAGAUGAACCAACAGCAGGAAUAGAUCCCAAAGGAAAGCGGCAGGUGUGGAAAGCAAUUCAAACUGUACUGAAAGACAAAAACCAAGGAGCCAUUUUGACAACACAUAACAUGGAAGAAGCAGAGGCUGUCUGUGACCGAGUAGCUAUCAUGGUGACUGGACAGCUCAGGUGCCUUGGUUCUAUUCAGUAUCUGAAAAGCAAAUUUGGCAAAAAUUAUUUGUUACAAAUAAAAGUCAAGGGAGUAGACCAAGGGGAGCUUCUGAAUACUCAUAUUCUGCAGAUCUUCCCACGUGCAGCUCGUCAAGAAAGGAUAUCCACUUUGUUGGCCUACAAGAUCCCAAUGGAAGAUGCACUGCCCCUAUCAAAAGCCUUCUCCAUGCUAGAGGAAGCUAAACAAAGCUUCAGCUUUAAGGAGUACAGCUUUUCUUUGAAUACUUUGGAACAGGUUUUCCUAAACUUCUGCAAAGAGCAAGAGCUUGAUUAUUUUGAUAUGGCUCUGCACACAAGUUUUCAAUGGAAACGACUGCAGCAGGCUGAUCUUUAAGUUUUUCAUGGCUUAGUGCAAAAACUGAUGCUCACUCAAGCAUCAGAGAAGUGAAGACUUACAUCGACUGAAAGAAUUUUCUCUGCUAUUUCACAUGGUAGCUUGUCUCUUGAUUUGGCGUGUGCACUUCAAAGUAUAAAGUAGUUGCUCUGCACAUAUUCUUUUUGGAUCAAAGCCAUAUGAUGCAGGCAGGAAGAUUAAAGAGUUGAAUAAGUCUAUGAGAUACAGGAAUUUUAACUACCUAAUAGAGUAGCUUGCCUUACAUAGUUAUUAGAAAGCAUGAGAAGGAAGGGACAGACAACUAAUGCGCAGUCCUUUGCACACUUACUAGGAAUAACCUCCAUUGAAACAGUGGGACUUAUUUCCAAGUAAACAUGAACAGGAUUGCAUUACAUAACAGUGCUUUAAAAUCUUACCUUAAAAAGCACUGCACUCAUUCAAAGAGAUAAAAUAUUGCACAUGACCAUGUAAAGGCAGCAAUCCCUCUCCAAAAAAUAUAGAAAAAGGUUCCUCAGCAUGGAGGGAGGAGUGAGAAUGGUUCCACUUACCAGUUUUUCUGUGGAUUCAUCCCCAUAUACACACAUACUUAACCUUCAGAUGUCUAAUCAUAUGUCGAUUAAAUUCAGGAGCAAAGAAAAAUGUAUCCAAUUUUAAGAAUAAUAUAUAAUACCAAAGUAUAAAGAAGUCUGUCUUUAGCUUCAUAGAUUUUUGCAUAUUUGUCUGGAAAUCAUGUUUGUGCAUUUUUAGCUAAAACUAUACUAAGUUACCUCAGUCUGUGAAGACUUGUAACAGCAUGUCAUUUCUGUUUCUGACAUUGUUAUUGAUGGAUUUGUAUUUCUAGAGAUUGAGAUUACAACAAUAUAAAAUAAAAUGGCUAUACUUUUACUAAGGUUGUUUCCAAACAAGCAACUACUAGCUAAUAAUAAUCUUUCUUCUGCUGUAAACUGCAGAUGACAUUGCAGUUGACUUUCCAGGUUAUUGCAUCUUUUAUGUAUGUUCAUCUUACUAUGUUCUGUUCAGUGAACAUGACCUAGCUAUUGUUGGUAGAGAAGCUCCAUUUCACAUGAGCAGCCAGUUGAAGCUCAGCACACAUAACCUUUGUGGUGGGUUGCUGUUUUAUUAUCCCAUUUAUUUUAAACUGACCUUUAAAUUGAUGCUAUAUUUAAAAAAAAAAAUCAAAUGUUAGCAAACUACCACUUAAACAGUAUUUAUAGUACAAUGUAUUUUUUUUAAAUGAUGAAAAAUCCCUUUCGGUUGCCAAUAUUAACUAUGUUGCUAAAAUGACAUUGACAUGAAAUGUUUUUCCCAUUUUUUAAAAAAGGAUGAUAGCACUCUUUUAUUUAAAUGGCAUUUCACUGAUAUUUUAAUAUUUUUAAUAGCCAAAAAAGCAUUUUGGAACUUAUCAAAUAUCUAUUAAAAAUAAAUAAAUAAAUGAGGUGAUAAAAUCAUGCCCAAUGUUUGGUUAUAGUGAAACAGUGCUGAGCUGUUUGAUAUGCCACUACCGUCAAAACCCCACCUAUUUAAAAAAAUAAAAGAUCAAAACCCA